GCUCAUCGGCCACCCUCCAUCUUCCAUUUCCAUGACCUUCACAUUUCUAGAGAGAGAAAGUGUUUCUGUGUCCGUUAGAUAAAUUUUGGAGAUAGAAAAUUUUGGGGGUUUGGGUUUCGGAGUUAGAUAUCAAAUAUGUUGGGAGUGUUUAGCAGUUCAAUAAUGUCGCCGCCGGAUGAGCUGGUGGCAGCAGGUAGCCGGACACCGUCGCCGAAGAUCACAGCGGCGGCGCUGGUGAAUCGGUUUUUACAAACCAAUUCCUCGGCGGUGUCGAUGCAGAUCGGCGAUGAUGCCCAGUUAGCUUAUACUCAUCACAACGAGUCACCUUUACACCCCAGGUCAUUCGCAGUUAAGGAUGACAUAUUUUGCCUGUUUGAGGGAGCACUUGAUAAUCUAGGGAGUCUGAAGCAACAAUACGGGCUUUCAAAGUCUGCAAAUGAGGUGGUUUUGAUGAUUGAAGCAUACAAGGCGCUUCGUGACAGGGCACCUUACCCUCCAAACCAUGUUGUUGGCCACCUAGAAGGGAAUUUUGCAUUUAUUGUCUUCGACAAGGCCACCUCCACCUUGUUUGUGGCUACUGAUGAAAAGGCUAAGGUUCCUCUAUAUUGGGGAAUCACUGCUGAUGGAUGGGUAGCAUUUGCAGAUGAUGCUGACUUGCUUAAAGGUGCUUGUGGCAAGUCCCUUGCAUCUUUCCCUCAAGGUUGCUUCUUCUCCACAGCUUUGGGUGAACUGAGAAGCUAUGAGAAUCCAAAGAAUAAGAUCACUGCAAUUCCAGCUAAAGAGGAAGAAAUAUGGGGAGCAAAGUUCAUGGUGGAAGGGCCAGCAGUAUUUGCAGCCACAAAAUAGAAGUUCAUAAUCUCCUCCACCUGCAAUGUGCAAGUUGCUGCUAAAAGACA